AUGUUUGUAUGCACAUGUGCAUGUGCAUGUGUGUGUAUGAAGCCCCAAAACCGCUGCGGCUCCGAAACGCCACGCCAAAAUCUGACCGGUUCUCAGGACCCCGGGCUCGAAGGUGGUAGGCCCCCGUGCCCGUCCGUCCUUAUGUUCGCAGAGUUCACUGCAAUGCUUCAGGCUCCAGCAGCUCUGGCCUGCGGCAUCGUUCUCCUGUCCGUCCAUGCCACUUUGGCAGGCUGGGAUUUGGAGGGCUUGUCUUCAGCCUGGCUGAGCUGGAUCGAGAGCAGGGCGGAGAAGUUGAAGAAGCCGGAGUUGCAGGAUCAGCUUAUGGAAAAUGCCAUGAGGAAGAUGCUGAUGGAACACUACCAGCAAGCUGUACGAUACGCGACACACUUCGCAGUCGUCGUAGUAGUGAUUCACGCGUACCGCAUGCAGCAGCAGCCGGACGUGGCCACAGUAGUCCAGUUUUUGGUGGUCUUCAUGCAAUAUCUAUUCGGCUGGUUGGUGGCGAGAUCGCAGGUCACCUUCAACACUCUUCGACUGCUCAUUCUCCUCUCACAUGCUGGUCACUGCUUCUACGUCAUUAACAUACACAUGUUUUCAGACGAAGCGGAUUUUAAUUUCCACUGGGCUUACUCGGGGGCCGUCCGUGUCUUUGUGGCUGCCCUCAUUCACGACCCGCCGGUGUUAAUCCCAUGUCAGACUUUGGUUUGUCUGGUGGAAGUUGCAUGUUACUUCGGCCUCGAGGGGGCACGCCGCGGUCCUCCCUGGCACUUCCUCUGUGCUCAAGUGGCAAUCCUGCUCUUGACAUGCGGAGUCACAAUUAUGGUCCAGGAGCGGUCGCGAACGAGCAUCAAAGCUUCACUCCAGUCGGCCGAUGCCAACCUAUCUUUGCAAGGCUUCCAGCGAGUCUUGCGAAGUGUUUGCGAUGCGGACGUGCUCCUGGAUGAUAGCUUCAGGAUCGUCGGGGAGAACACUCGCUUGAGACGCGUCCUGGCGACGCCCACCGAUCUUCAAGGCGUGAACUUUACCGACCUGCUCGACCAGGACGGAAAAACGGAGUUCGAGAGAUUCAUCCGGAAAUCAUGCAGUGCAAGCCAGAGUCCCCACGAGAAGGAGGAUAAGGAGAAGAGUUUCAGCAUUCCCCCGUGCUUGCGCGUCUCACUCCCGAGUGCGUAUUCGCGGGUUGGCGUGGACAUUUUCCAUGUUCCUGUGCCACGCUUUUUGGAUGCUGCAGGGCCCCUUCACCUUCUGGCGUUUACGGAAGAUCCAGAUACGAGGAUACAGCCUGAUGCAACACUCGGAGCAAUUCCAGAAGUGCUCUCGAUGUACUCCGAAGCGGAGGAUCUUCAGGAUCGCAUGUCCACGGCUGCAGACUCGGAGGGUGGCUACUCAAAACACAGUCUGGGCAGUUCGAUGCUUUGCAGGAUACAUCCUGUUCCCGAGUUGCGCGAACUUACGAUGCUCGUGGAUGCCAGUACGGACCAUCAAGAUGUGCUGCAAGUGCACGCCAAGUUCAAGCGAGACAAGAACCUGCCCAAUGACGUUCACUCGUGCAUGCCAUGCUUGCAGACCCUGCUGAGACCAUCGGAUUGGCUCAGCAUCCGCCGGCGCGUGGCGAAGUUUGCGCAGGAGCAGUGCCAGGUUGGCUCUCCGGAGAACUACGAGCUGCCUCCCCUGAUGCUCCGCAGGUUGGACGACCAAAACAAGUUCCUGGCGGCCAACACGGUGAACCUGGCACCAUGCCGCGGCCAGGAGCAAUCUAAGAAGUCUUCAAUGAUUUGGGUCUACGUCCGAGAUUUUGUGAACGAUGAGCGCAAGCUCCGAGUGCAGCCAUGUAGUGUACUGGACUCAUGA